AUAUUUCUCUCGUGGUUGUUGAUCAUAUUAUUAUUUUUUAAUAAAUAAUUGCAUCAUGUUGGACAAAUCUGUAUUAUGAUCGGUCUUCAUAAGGGAGGAAGCUGUCGACGCCCGUGAGCCUAAUUUCGGUUCUCUCGCUCUAAUGAAUGCGGGACCCAGGGGAAACUCCCUGCCAGGGACCAGCUAGAGCCUGGGGCGGUAAACUGAAACUGGCGCGCUGUGUGUGGUAUCCAGGGCUGGACUUGAUGGAAAAAGCCUGCUUCCACUCACGUCAAAGUCAUUUACUCAGAACAACCCCCGCUUACACACGCAUGCACUCCGGCGAAAGAGCACCACCUCUUCCUCUCCCCUCCCUGGUUCAGCGCGACAAUUUUUUUUCUAUGUGGGUCGGUUCCGUAGUGACUCUCACGAUUGGGUCUGAGAGAACUAGGCAAACACGAGGGAUUAAGGAGGGCGAUGCCCACCCGGUGCGCCACAGAGCUGCACUCACCGCCACGGUGACAACGAACCAUACCGGAGCCUAGGUCGGACUGAACCCCGCAAAACGCUGCGUUUAUACCGAGCCCUCAUUGGAUACUCUGCACCCCACCGUCUCUCCCACAUUUUGACACUGUGCACUCGCUGCACAUUCUCUGCGAAAUAGGAGAAUCCAACGAGGAUUUUCCCUCUCCAACCACUUUUGGUGGAAUUCCGAAGACCAAAUGCUUCUGUGAUUUGUAGAGGACGUUGAAAAUAAGCGACAUUUCUUGUGAUCAACUUUUUCGAAUCGUAUCACUUUUCUUUUUAAAGAUCUAUUGCUCCACAUCUUGCUCUCCGCUUCCCCCUCUCCCCUGAGGUCACUGCUCAUCUACGCCACUGUUGUGCGUUAGCGGAGCAGAGAUGACGACCGAGAUCUCUCAGCAGCAGCUGGACCCGCCGCCUCCCCUGAGGUCCAGCCCGGCCUCCGGCGUCCUGCACCCCGCAAUGAUGAGUCCACAGACCGAGGUGGAUAGCUCCUUGGCCGGGGCCAAAAGCAAGAAGGCGAGCUCCGGUCUGAGGCGACCAGAGAAGCCUCCUUACUCCUACAUUGCGCUCAUCGUCAUGGCGAUACAGAGCUCACCGACCAAGAGGCUGACGCUCAGUGAGGUCUAUCAGUUCCUCCAGGCCCGGUUCCCCUUCUUCAGAGGAUCCUACCAGGGCUGGAAGAACUCCGUCCGACACAACCUCUCCCUGAACGAGUGCUUCAUCAAGCUGCCCAAAGGGCUAGGCAGGCCGGGGAAAGGCCACUAUUGGACCAUCGACCCGGCCAGCGAGUUCAUGUUCGAAGAGGGCUCGUUCCGCCGCAGACCCAGGGGCUUCAGGAGAAAAUGCCAAGCUCUGAAGCCCAUUUACCGGAUGAUGAACGGGAUAGGCUUCGGUACGUCCAUUUUACCGCAGAACUUUGAUUUCCAGGCGCCCACUGGGUCUCUGGCGUGUCACAGCAACAGUUACAACUUGGACAUGAUGACCAACUCCUUGGCCGGUGGCUACGACGGACUGAGCGGUGGCCACCACGUACCUCACAUGUCCCCGAGCCCCGGGUCAACAUAUAUGGCCAGCUGUCCGGUAACGUCCAACGGGGACUACGGUGGACCGGACAGUAGCAGCAGCCCUGUGCCCUCGUCCCCGGCUAUGGUCAGCGCGUUGGACGGUCAUUCUCCAUACGCCAGUAGCGCCGGACACUGGGCGUCUCCCGGCGGCUCCCCGUACAUAAAGCAGCAGCCUCUGGUCUCCAGCAGCUCGGCGUCCUCUGGGCUAAAUUCCGGCAUGUCCCCCUAUUCCCUGGAGCAGAGCUAUCUCCACCAGAAUGCCAGGGACACCGCCGAUAUCUCAGUGGGGAUCCCUCGCUACCAGAGCCACUCCUCACCCGUGUGUGACAGGAAGGAUUUUCUCCUGAACUUUAACGGCAUCUCCUCGUUUCGUCCUUCAGCCAGCGGAUCUUACUAUCAUCAUCACCAACAUCACCAAAGCCUUUGUCAAGACGUCAAACCGUGCGUGAUGUGAGCGCGUCAUGGAGUGUGCGUAAUGGCUCCAAACCGUGCUCCGGAGAUGAGAAUCUGAUCAACACCAAAUCAAACAAUUUAAACUGAUUCCAUGAGAGUUAAAAGGCAAAUAAAUUGGCUAAUUUUUCUGAUGAGAAUGAACAAUAGCGACAAAGGGCUAGCCUAUUUCUGAGAAGCCGGAAAGCUUCUCACAUCAGGGUAUAUUUACAGUGGCCGUCGUCUUGAUAAGCCUAAAUGAAGGACAGUAUUAUGCAACAACUGUUUCCGAAAUUAAGGAAGGCACCAAAUCUUCUGACAAUAUAACCAAGGUUUUUUUCAAAAUAAGUUUCAAAACGACUAAUGUGUUUGCUGUCAUUAAUUGUGCAAACAAAUAGCUUAUAUUUUAUGUAACUAGGCCUCUGUUCCGAUAUAGGCCUAUAAAAGUAAAUGCAGCCUACACAUACACAAAGCUUUUUAUAACAAAUUGAAACACAUUUGCACUUAUUGUAUACCCUUUGAGAUUUGCUUAAUUUUGUCAUGAAGUGUUUCAAUAAAACUGAUGUAUUUUAGGCUA